CUCGAGUUGUACAUUUGAAUAGUUUACUUAUUAUUUCUAAUUCACUUAUAUAGAAUUGACAAUUUUUAACAAGAUGACUUAGUCUCGAUUGACGCUAUCCAUCAACCGACGCAAGUGUUAUUUUUCAUAUCGAUGUACGAAUAACGUUGUGUGUGUUUUUUAUCAAACUUCACGUCACUAUUACCUUCAAUAACUGUAUUGAAUCUUUACAGUGUACAACUUUUGAUUUGGUAUUUAUGUUUUUGCCCCUUUUGUUAGAAUCUUUAAGCCCUUAACAUUGUUGACAAAAGAAAUAAAAUUAAAAGUUACAUGGAUUAUAUAACUAAUAUGAUAGUUUGAAUGAUCACUUAUUAUCUCUUGUUGUAUGCUUACUCUUCAAAUAUAUUCUUUUUGAGAACGCAAAUUUAUAGAAAAAAUAAGUAUACCAUUGAAAUAGGACGAACGAUAUCAUAAUUCAGUUACUCCUAAAAAACCCAAACAACCUGUUUAGAAGGCUUUUGUAUCUCCGCAAAUUGCAAAAAAAGCGUGGCAAAUAGUAGUGCCUAACGGACGUAACCAACUAAAAUCCAAUCCACCGGUCAUCAUUCCAUUCCAUUCCAUUCCUCUCUUGCACAACACAAUAACGUGUAUAACCUCCCAAAUCCUAAACGCCCCACAAAAUCACACUUCCCCAUAACAGUUUCCUUUGUCCACACUGUACCCAGAAAAUCCACAUUUUCGUACCUUUUUCUACUCCCUUUUUAACUACAUCUUUUCCAUAUCAAACUCCUGAAAUUUUCCCUUUUCGAUUGAGAAAAGAGACCAAAAAACGAAUUGGGAUUGGCCGGAAUCACAAAAGGCUUCUGUUACUUGGAAAAAGAAGGAUGUCAUAACACGUGAGCUACUUAUAAUCAGAUCAUAAAUCACGAGAAAAUAUCACUUAGAAACACACUUCAACGCGUUUUAACUAUUUUUGCCGGAUCACACAAACACCUUAGAGACCUAGUUAUUUUAAUUUUGGUGUAUAAAUUAAUGAUCUAACUUCCUUGUUAUCUAAACCAAUCGAGUGUACGCAAGAAAUUUUAACACCUUCUACAAAUAGAAUUGUGAUUAUUUAAUCUUAUUUUAUAAUUCUAUUGAUGAAUAAAUUACUGGGGGUGUGGAUUUUAUAUUUCCAAAUCCACCUAUAAAGGGCAGUUGCUUGUGAACAGAAAUCACACAUCCAUACCAUUCAGUUCAUGCCAUCCUUACAUGAUCUCUCUACAAUAUUAUUGUUGGCUAGUUUUUGCCCAUAAGGAACAAAUCAAGUACCCCCAUUAUUGGAGGACUUAGCUUGUGUCAUUGCACCAAAUUUCUUGCUAUAUCUCUUUGAUCAACCUUCUAUAUAAACACAUUCAUUAUUCAGGAUCAAAGCACAUCAAGCAACAUUGCUAAUUACUGAUAAUUGACUAGAAUCGAAAAGAAAUGAAGAAGUUCUUACUCUUUGCUUUUUCUUUGGCUCUGGCCCUAAGCAUCGGGGCGAGUUUCGACUUCCAUGAGAAGGAGUUGGAAACUGAGGAGAGCUUGUGGAACAUGUAUGAGAGGUGGAGGAGUCAUCACACAAUAUCCAGGAGCCUCGACGAGAAACAUAAGCGAUUUAAUGUGUUUAAGUCGAACGCUCACUAUGUUCAUCACUUUAACAAGAAGGAUAAGCCUUACAAGCUGAAACUCAACAAGUUUGCAGACAUGACUAACCAUGAGUUCAAGAGUUUGUAUGCAGGUUCAAAGAUUAAGCACCACAGGACUCUUCAAGGAAGCCGGAAGGAAGGUGGAGAGUUUAUGUACGCGAAUGUUGACAGCGUUCCACCCUCUGUUGAUUGGAGGCAGAAAGGCGCUGUUAAUCCUAUCAAGGAUCAAGGCCAAUGUGGUAGUUGCUGGGCAUUUUCAACAGUUGUUGCUGUUGAAGGGAUUAAUGCAAUCAAAACAAAGAAGUUAGUUUCAUUGUCAGAGCAAGAACUUGUCGAUUGCGACAACUCAGAGAAUCAAGGAUGCAAUGGUGGACUAAUGGAUUUGGCCUUCCAGUUCAUCAAGAAAAGAGGAGGCCUAACAACUGAGCAAAACUACCCCUACAAGGCUGAAGAUGGCAGAUGUGAUUCAACCAAGCUAAACCAUCCAGCAGUAUCAAUUGAUGGAUAUGAAGACGUACCUACCAAAAACGAGGAGGCACUUCUGAAAGCAGUGGCCAACCAACCAGUUUCAGUAGCAAUAGAUGCUGGAGGUGAAGAUUUCCAGUUUUACUCAGAGGGAGUGUUUACCGGAGAAUGUGGCAAAGAACUGGAUCAUGGUGUCGCAAUCGUAGGCUAUGGAACAACCCAAGAUGGAACCAAAUACUGGAUUGUCAGGAACUCUUGGGGAACUGAAUGGGGAGAGAAAGGAUACAUAAGAAUGGAGCGUGGAAUCGAUGAUAAGGAGGGACUUUGUGGUAUAGCCAUUGAACCCUCUUAUCCAGUCAAGAACUCCUCCAGCAAUCCAAUCGGUGCUUCCGAGACUAAGGAUGAACUCUGAACAAGCAGCCUUGCUUCUCUGCUGCCUUAACUGAAGAUUUGUGUCCCUUUGAUGUCUGAGUUGCAGUUCUCGUCAACUCUUUUAAUGUUCAAUGCUUUCAGUUCAAUUUCACACAACUUCACACUGAUGUGAUGUUAUUGAUGUCAAAUCUGUAGAUUAAUGGAUUUGAUUAGUAAAUAAAGCAUAUGUCCUGUUUUCUGUGUUUCCAUUUUUCAUUGAACUGAAAGACAUAGAGAACAUUUCUGUUUCCUGCUGCCUUUUAGCGUGCUAACUUCGUAUGUUGCAGUUCAAAUUAAGUAGAGCAGACUUUAAAAUGGAAAAACCAGGAGUUGGUAUAAUUUCCACAAGGACAUUAGACGCAUCAGGCAAAAUACCAUUUCCAGAAACCAAACAAUUCCAAGUAUAGCACUUGAUUUGGACACUGCAGUAGACAAUACCCCAGUAUCAGAGAAUGGAAAAACUCUCAAACCACACCUUCCAUUUCUUAUCUGAAACACACACCCAAACCUCGAGUAUUCUUGCUUCUUUCCUCAAUGUAAGAACAAGAAGAAAGAAUUUGAUACUUCCAAGAUGAAAGAUAUUUCUACAUCCAAAAUCCAUUCUUCAAACAUUAACGAAAUUCAGGACAUCUAGAAAGCACAGUUUCUUUGGUGCAUACCACCACAGCAGGUAAGUUUUCAUACCAAUACUAACCAAAAUUCAUUAAUCUCAUUCUCCGACCAAAAAGACAUCUUUAAACAGGUCAUACUCUCAUUUAUCAUAUGAUGUUCUCAUAGUUAAUAAGACAAUAUGGUGGUGAUAGGAUAAAACUGAAGAUUGAGGAGUUAAAAUACACUUUCAAAAGUUUGAUAAUAUCAUAGGACACUUUGCAAACUGUAUCACUUCGAGCAUUUAUUGAACCACCAUAAAGCGUAUACGAACUGCAGUAUCAUCAACCAUAGCAACGGAUUGGGUCAUUGCAACCUUUCGCGGCAGACUGUUUAUUACCUCUGCCUCCACCUUUCUCCAAAUACUGCUGGUGGUACUCUUCAGCCCUAUAAAAUGUCUUUGCAGGAAGAAUCUCAGUCACAAUCUUUGUAUCUUUAUAGUCCUUCUGCUUUUCUUCCAGUGACUCUCGUGCCAAUUGAGCCUGGGUCUCAUUAUAGUAGUAAAUACCAGACCGAUAUUGUGUACCAACAUCACCACCCUAAAAAUAACAUCAUGCAACGAAGCAACUUAACACUACUAAACAUAAAGUAGUAAACAAGUAUUCUUUUUUUCUACAUGAAAGUACACAGGCUAAAAUAACAGUACUUCAUUGUAUAAGCCACUGAUUGCACAUCAAAUUGAAACCCAAAUCGACACUACCUCAAAAUCCUUGAUUAAACUUAUUCCCUUCUUUGAAAGGGCAUCAAAUUGACUAAUUUGACCUUUUAAAUAUACAACCGGACGCAGCUUCUGACCAAACAAAGGUUGUAGACCUCACCAGCUCAGCAUGCAUAACAAGAAAAUAUAGAGUAUUCUCGCUGAAAUAGUCAACUAUUUUUUCAACUAACACAUUAAUCGAAUAAAACUGAGAAAACUCAAUCACAAAGUUCAAAAACUAGUGCAGAAGAACACGAUCCUUUCGUCAAAAUUUGCUUCAUGUGAUAUACACAUAAACAAUUGCAUUCUAAGUAAAUAUUUUCGAUCGAACUGGAAUGAGAUGUUUGAGUAAUGUAAGCUGCAAUUGCUGCUAUUCCCUCUGAUCUGCCAUAAUUUACAAAUCUAGCAGGUAAAACUUUAUCGCAAAUUCGCACAAACUAUCAUAAUACUAGCUGUAGGGCAGCACAAGCAAUGAAGGAUAGGCAGUACCCAAAAAUCGUCAAAACAAAGCCCAAUUCAAAUCAAGAAUUUCUUCCAAAAAAUUCUUCUAGAUCACAACCAAACACUGGAAUGAGCUAUCAGCGUGUAUAUAGACUCUGCAUUUAGAUUUAAUUUUUUUAAUCACAAACCGACAUCAUUUGUCUUUAAAACUUCCAAGUUUGAAACUUCCACUUUGAUUCUUCGUUCUCAAACAGUACCAAAGAACACCUCCAAAAAACAAAAUUCCUCAUUAUAGUGGGAUCAUUUCAUUUUCAAAACCGAAAACAAUAACAUAAGGACAAAUUUAAACUAAUAAAUCCAAAGCAACAUAAGCCAAACCUUUUCCUAAAAAUAAAUGGUACUUCCAAUAAGACCAUGCAAAACAAAUUAUAAUGUUCCAGAAGAAAUCGGAAAAAAAUUGAAUUGAACAGUGCAAAUAAGCAAGAACAAGAAAACUCGGGUACCUGGCGAUUGAGAGUGGUCGGGUUAUGGCGAGACCAGAAAAGGGAGAGCAAGUUAGUAUACGGGCAGACAUUCGGGUGGAAAUGGAUUCGAACAACUUCAGCAUGGUUGGUGGUUCCGGUGCAGACCAGUUUAUAAUUCGGGUUGUGAACGUGGCCCUGAGAAUAACCCACCUCUGUCUUCACCACGCCUUCGAGUCUCUGGAAGGCCAAUUCCACGCCCCAGAAACAUCCGGCGGCGAAUUGGGCCAAUUCAAGACCCGGUUGGACCGGUGAAUCGCGAUCCGGUUCAAGGGCUGGGUUCGUCGUUGACUUCUCACCUCCGUCGGUAGCCAUGGCCGAUGAUUUUAUCAGUUUUUGUACUCAUCAGAUGUAAGCUGUGUAGAACUUAUAUAGACAUUAUUGAAAAUGGCAAGGGAUAUUUUUUUAUUGCAUGCACUUGUAAUAAAAUUUCACAACUUCUGGGUGUCAAUUAGAUUUGGACCCCAAUAUUUUAGAUAAAUAUUGAAUCAACCAGAAACUUUUUUCACUUUUGUCCAGACACAUCCAUUUUGACAUAUUCCAAGUUAUCAUUUUGAAGUUUACUCGAAAUGAAGAAG